AAAUGUGUAAAGCAAAUGAGUGCAAUGGGAAUUCAUUUUCUCCUCAUCUGGAAACGUUGCUCUCUUUCUCCUAUAAUGAGGAGCUCUCGUUGAGAUUUCAUAUUUCUUCUAUGUCUCAACCUACCACCUCCACCCCCACCUCCACCAACCCCAGCAAGCGCUCCGCAUCACCUUAUUCCUCCUCCUCCACCACCACCGCCGCCGCCGGCCCCGCCGCAGCCCCAAUUUUCCCGGCGAUGAAAAAAGCCAAGUCCCAGGCUGUCGCGUGCUCUCUCGAUGGCAACAAGAACGGCCAGCAGCAGAUUGCUCCUCAUGUUCACUUUGCCGAACCCCCUGCUCACUCCCCGAUGAUCGAAGACGAUCCAAAUGACGUCGCAUUGGAGACUUCCUCUCCGUCGAACGCAUUCGGCCGUGGCCUUGCUGCUUCCGCUGGAGGAGUAACCGCCAACUUGUCUCGGAAGAAGGCAACGCCUCCGCAGCCCACGAAGAAGCUUGUCAUUAAACUCGUCAAAGCCAAACCGACGCUGCCAAAUAAUUUUGAGGAGAAUACAUGGGCAACACUCAAGUCGGCUAUCAGUGCCAUAUUUUUGAAGCAACCUGAUCCGUGUGACUUGGAGAAGCUCUAUCAGGCUGUCAAUGACCUUUGCCUGCACAAGAUGGGGGGAAGUCUCUAUCAAAGAAUUGAAAAUGAGUGUGAAGCCUACAUAUCUGCUGCCCUACAAUCAUUGGUUGGCCAAAGUGAAGAUCUAGUAGUUUUCUUAUCACUUGUUGAGAAGUGCUGGCAGGACUUUUGUGACCAGAUGUUGAUGAUCCGGGGUAUAGCAUUAUAUCUUGAUAGAACAUAUGUGAAGCAAACACCAAAUGUGCGCUCAUUGUGGGACAUGGGCUUACAGCUUUUCCGCAAACAUCUUUCUCUAGCUUCAGAAGUGGAGCACAAAACUGUAUUUGGCCUUCUAAAAAUGAUAGAGAGUGAGAGACUAGGUGAAGCUGUUGAUAGGACUCUCCUAAAUCAUCUUUUGAAGAUGUUCACUGCAUUGGGAAUUUACCCAGAAAGCUUUGAGAAGCCGUUCCUUGAAGGUACAUCUGAAUUUUAUGCAGCAGAAGGUGUCAAAUAUAUGCAACAGGCAGAUGUUCCAGAUUAUUUGAAGCAUGUAGAGGUAAGGUUGCAAGAAGAACAUGAAAGGUGCUUAAUCUACCUGGAUGCAAGUACAAGGAAGCCACUAGUAGCCACUGCGGAAAAGCAACUUCUUGAGCGCCAUAUAUCUGCCAUUCUGGAUAAGGGUUUCAUGAUGCUGAUGGACGGGAAGCGUAUUGAAGACCUUCAGAGAAUGUAUAUGCUUUUCUCCAGAGUCAAUGCUCUUGAAUCAUUGAGGCAGUCGCUUAGUCAGUACACCCGAAGAACUGGCCAGAGUAUUGUCAUGGAUGAAGAAAAGGACAAAGAUAUGGUGUCUAGCUUAUUGGAAUUUAAGGCAAAUCUGGAUAGAAUAUGGGAAGAAAGCUUUUAUAAAAAUGAAGCAUUUAGCAAUACCAUCAAGGAUUCAUUUGAGCAUCUCAUUAAUAUCCGCCAGAACCGACCUGCUGAGCUAAUUGCCAAGUUUGUGGAUGAGAAGCUUCGUGCUGGAAAUAAGGGUACAUCAGAGGAGGAAUUGGAGGGUACACUAGAUAAAGUUUUGGUUUUGUUCAGAUUUAUACAGGGUAAGGAUGUUUUUGAAGCAUUCUACAAGAAAGAUCUCGCUAAAAGACUCUUGCUGGGUAAAAGUGCAUCUAUUGAUGCAGAGAAGUCAAUGAUUACUAAAUUGAAAACCGAGUGUGGCAGUCAAUUUACGAACAAACUUGAAGGAAUGUUCAAGGAUAUUGAGUUGUCAAAAGAGAUUAAUGAAUCAUUCAAGCAAUCAUCCCAAGCUCGGACGAAACUCCCAUCUGGAAUCGAGAUGAGUGUCCAUGUAUUAACAACUGGGUAUUGGCCAACCUAUCCUCCCAUGGAUGUUCGCCUCCCCCUUGAACUCAAUGUGUAUCAGGAUAUCUUUAAGGAGUUUUACUUAAGCAAGUAUAGUGGGAGGCGAUUAAUGUGGCAAAAUUCGUUGGGUCAUUGUGUGCUGAAAGCAGAAUUUCCAAAAGGUAAAAAGGAGCUGGCAGUAUCUCUAUUCCAGACGGUUGUGUUGAUGCUGUUCAAUGAUGCACAAAAGCUUGGCUUUCAAGAUAUCAAGGAAUCCACUGGUAUUGAGGAUAAAGAGCUGAGGAGGACUUUGCAGUCCCUCGCAUGUGGAAAGUUUCGUGUUCUUCAGAAAAUUCCUAAAGGCAGAGAUGUGGAGGAUGAUGACUUCUUUGUCUUCAACGAUCAGUUUACUGCUCCUCUAUAUCGUAUAAAGGUAAAUGCAAUUCAGAUGAAGGAAACAGUUGAGGAGAACACCAGCACUACAGAAAGGGUAUUCCAAGACCGUCAAUACCAGGUUGAUGCUGCCAUUGUCCGUAUAAUGAAGACAAGAAAAGUGCUAAGUCACACUCUAUUGAUUACUGAACUCUUCCAGCAGCUCAAGUUUCCAAUAAAACCAGCUGACUUGAAGAAAAGGAUCGAGAGCCUCAUAGACAGAGAGUACCUGGAGCGCGACAAAAAUAACCCACAAAUAUACAAUUACCUUGCAUGAAGCAUCAGUUGCUAGGUAUAUCAUUUUCCUCGCAAACUAAAUGGGAAUCAGGUGCUGUUUAUGUAGAUGCAGGAAAUCCACGACUCCCAUGACAAAUUGUGUACAGGAACUCAUAGUGGGUUUUCUUUCUUUCUUCUUUUCUUUUUUGGGUUCAGUGUAACAUUAAAGUACCAUUGCUAUGUUCGGAACUCUCUAUCCAAGAGUACAGGAAUCUACGAGAAAUUAUGCUUUUUUCUACUCUUAUAAUAGAUCAAGAUUUUGAGCCCGAC